AUGUCAUUUGCUAAUAUAGACUUAGAAGCUCAAAAACAACCUUUAUUAAAAAAAUCAUCAAAAUCAAAUUAUACUUCAAUUGAUACAACAAGCAAUGAAACUAAUAAUUUAGAUAAUAUAAUAGAUAAAACCUCACAACAAUUGCAGUCUUUUAAUUCUCUAAUAUCACAAUUUGAUCAACAAAGAAAACAGCUUGGUUCCAAAAGAGACUCUAUUCAAUUAAGAACGAAUAUUGAUAAAUUAGUUGAAAAUAUAAAUGAAUUAUACAAGGCUAUACAACAUUUAAUCUCAAAUUUAUCUAAUCUAAUAAAUAAAUCAGUUGAUGAAAGAAAUCGAAAUGAAGAUGAGGAUAAGUUGAAAGUUACAAACAGACAAGUUGUUAUCAAAGAAAGAUUAGUUGGAGAAUACAAUGAUUUGGAUAAAAAAUUUAAAAAAUUAGUUAAAAUAUAUAAUGAAAAGAAGAAAAUAACGCCAAUUACCACUAGCCCUACUUACAAACUGAAAGAAGAGGAUGAAUCAGUACAAAAACAACAACAGCAAUUACAAUUACAACAAGAACAAGAACAAGAACAAAUUGAUCCAGAUUUAAUUGAACAAACAGAGUUACAAUAUCAUUUACAGCUUACAGAAGAAAGAAAUAGAGAAAUUGAACAAGUUCACGAAAGUGUAAUGGAAGUUAAUACAAUUUUUAAAGAUUUAAAUCAACUAGUUCAUCAACAAGGAGAACAAUUAAACACUAUAGAAGAUAAUAUACUACAAUUGCAUGGUAAUACUCAACAAGCAUCUCACGAAUUAACUAAAGCUAAUGAGUAUCAAAAGAAAAAGGGCAAAUGGACAUGUAUUUUAUUGGUGGCCCUAUCUAUUCUUGCAUUGAUCAUAGUGUUGAUAGUUAUUAGCUAG